AUGGCAGGGCGAAACAAACACACAUGGACGACCGAAGAGGAUGCAAAGUUGAUUGAAGCAUUGUUGGAGCUACAUGUACCCGAAAAGUAUGGUGGUGCCGACAACGGAUUCAAACCCGGCUAUUUGAAGGUCGUGCAACAAUUAUUAGAUGUAAGUCUUCCUAACUCAGGUUUGAAAUCAGAGCCUCAAAUUAAAUUGAGGAUGAAGACAUGGAAAAACCAUUUCAACAUCGUGCAUGACAUCGUAUACGGAACAAACACGAGUGGAUUCGGCUGGGAUACAGAUAAAUGUUGUGUUACCGAUGAUGUUGAAGUUUGGGAUGAAUACAUAAAGAGUCAUAAAGAUGCUGCAUGUUUUCGCGAUAAACCAUUUCCACAAUUCGAUAACCUAUGUAAAAUCUUCGGUAAGGAUAGAGCUACUGGUCAUGGAGUUACUGAUCUUGGAGAAGAUGCCACUGAAGAGACACAAAGAAACUCACAUGUUGAUGUGGAAGGGUUGGAAGAUAUUGUUGAAGAGACACAACAAAUUGCUCGUGGCAAUAAUUAA